UGAACAAGUCUCCGGUGUUGACCACAGUUUCCCUUGCACUCUUACAAUGACUGGAUGGAGGUUGUGCUUGGAGGUGCUUGUUUGAGCCAUUGCACCGAAAGAGGACUGCAAAAGACAAAACCAAGGAAUUACUAACUACAGGGGGGGAAACACAGGAUGUAACGAACCGCAGAGCAGAAUGUCAAGAGGAACAAAAGAGACUUCUUCUUGUUGUUAUGCGACUGAACAACUGAACUAACCAGCAGCUAACCCGGCUAGCCGAGUUAACUUCAGCUUUCUUUGCGGCUUGGAGCAUCUUUUGGCUGCUUAUUCGGCGAGUGGAUCUCAUUGACAUUUUCUAGCCAUGGCAGCGGUGGUCAGCUAUUCUCCACCAUGGUGGGUGAAUAUCCUGCACAGACUUCCACAUUUUAACCUCAAGUUCGAGCAAACCAGCAGUGAUUUCCAACCAGAGGACUGGACAUAUCAACAGUCCAUCCUGUUACUGGGAGGUUUGGCUCUCGCCUGUCUGGCCCUGGACCUAUUGUUCCUCCUCUUCUAUUCCAUCUGUCUGUGCUGCCGGCGGAAAAAAAAUGAAGAGCAGCCCAACGCUGACUGCUGCUGCACGGCCUGGUGUGUGAUCAUUGCAACACUUGUGUGCAGCGCUGGCAUUGCUGUCGGUUUCUAUGGGAACGGCGAGACUUGUGAUGGAGUGAAUCGGCUGACGUAUUCCCUGCGCCAUGCUAACCGCACAAUCACUGGGGUGCAGAAACUGGUAUAUGACAGUACAUCCUCAUUGAACCAGACUGUAGAUGACGAUCUGCAACAGCUUGAAGGCGAGUACGCACAGCACGCAGACUACCUGUCCAUCAUCCAAAAGCUGCAGGGCCAGCUGGAUGAGCUGGUCCGGCAGAUGGUGGACAUUCCCUUCUGGGACAACGGCAACAUCUCUCUGGAGGAAAUCGCGGUCCAGAUUGAGCUGUUUGACUGGUACAGGUGGCUCGGCUACAUAGGCCUGCUUCUGUUCGAUGUCCUCAUCUGCCUCCUGGUUCUGUUUGGCCUCAUUCGCAACUCCAAGGGAACGCUCAUAGGUGUGUGCUUGUUUGGUGUCGUUGCUCUGGUUAUCAGCUGGGUCUCCCUGGGGCUGGAGUUGGCCGUCUCUGCGACAUCCAGUGACUUCUGUGUCGCCCCUGAUAUGUAUGUGACCAAAGUGGUAAACCAGUAUACAGCCAUCGAUCAAGAUAUCCUGAAGUACUACCUAAGUUGCAGUCUGGAACAAACCAAUCCCUUCCAGCAGAAGCUUUCCGGGAGCCACAAAGCUUUAGUGGAGAUGCAGGAUGAUGUAUCUGAGCUGCUGCGCUCUGCCACCAGAGAGUAUAAACAAACUAAGGGAACUUUGGAAGAGAUCCAGGGGAUCCUGAACACCACAGAGAUCAGUCUACAUCAGCUCACAGCCCUGGUGGACUGUCGCAGCCUUCACAUGGACUACGUCCAGGCCAUGACAGGACUGUGUUAUGACGGAUUGGAAGGCCUCAUCUACCUCGUGCUCUUCUCGUUCAUCACCGCUCUCAUGUUCAGCUCUAUUAUUUGCAGCGUGCCGCACACCUGGCAUAGCAAGAGGGGCGACGAGGACAGUGAGGAUGAGUCUCUGAGCCACGGGGGACGGCAAAACCACGAUAAUCUGUACCGGGUCCACAUGCCCAGCCUGUACAGCUGUGGCAGCAGCUACGGCAGCGAGACCUCCAUUCCUGCUGCAGCCCACACCGUCAGCAAUGCACCUGUCACCGAGUACAUGGCACAGAACGCCAACUUUCAGAACUCCCGCUGUGAAAACACGCCUCUGAUAGGACGAGAGUCUCCUCCACCGUCGUACACCUCCAGCAUGAGGGCCAAGUACCUGGCCAACAGCCGACCAGACCCCAACAGCCGACCAGACCCCAACAGCCGACCAGACCCCAACAACCCUCCUGCACACGAGCAGCGCUGACGUCUCCCGAGGUCUGUCUGCACUCCGAUCCCUCAUCCUGUCAGCGGGCUCUUAAGUCUCAAUGAAUCAAAAGCAUCGAACAGGAGUGCACAAGCUCCUCCUUGUCCAUUUCCCACAAUCCUCAGCUGACGUUCAUAGCUGCAAAAAAAAGUAGUUGUUGUUGGUGCUGGGAAUUUCUCUGCACCUCUGAUGUGAUGGAGCCUGGACUGAUGUUUACACUCCGAUCUUUAAUCUUUAAUGAACUUCCACAUGAAUGCACCACAACAUGAACAGUGUCAUGCCUAACAGGGGGGCGGUGCAGUGUUGAGGAAGUGCUCAUGGACUAACACUGACUACUGGUUGUUUUACUUUGUAAAUUACUGUACUGCACUCUUUCAUUGCUUCUAGAGAGAAACAGAGAAAUGCCUUACACAUACAUGACAGGAAUUGAACUGUUCUCUUCCCGACUGAAGUUUAGACGUUCUUUCUCACACUGAGCAUAGAUCAAACUGUCUUAGAAUAGCUCUUUCUUUCUUUUCAUUUCGUAAAACUUGAAUUGCAACCAGUCAAGUCUGAAUUACUCUCUGGUAAAUGUUGCCGUACUGUAUAUCACACAUGUACAUGGGCUUGUUUUUGCAUUUCCUUUUGAGUCUGAUGUCUGGGACCAGUUAUCCUGCAGUCUUACAGGUCUGAAUCUCCCCCUCAGGGGACACUGUUUUUCAGUGUGGCAUUUUUUUGAACACAUUGAUGAGCCACUAUUCCACAGCAGUGACUGUUUCUUGUUAAUCUGUGGAUUUUUAUUUUUUGCAAUUUCUCUUGAAAGGACAUGUUAAGGACAAAGACGAAUUGCAUGAUGGGAAAAGCAAGAAGAUUCUCAGCUGAAUGAUGACGAUCUUCCUGAAGAAGAGAAAAACGUUAUCUUCUUGAGUUUGACGAGAAGUUUUUAUACUACUGGAAGCAAAAACCUUUUUUUACAGCCCUUUGAAGACGACGGUGAAGGUUGUGCGGGAUGUUUUUCUGCUACAUUCCUUUCAAAUAUUCAAUGAUUUGCCAAUUCACCAGACUGCUUGUUAUUCUCUCUACGUCCCUGUUAAGUUGAAGAGCCUCAUCUUUCUUAACAGAGCAGGAAUUGUCCCCACACACACACACACACACACACACACACAUCCUUGACUCUGCCAGAGAUGCUCCUCUCUUUAAAAGGCAGCAGUUCAUAGUCAAAAAAAUCCUCUCACUGAUUAUUCCAAAAAAGAAACUGAAUGCAGGUUUAUGUAAAAAAAAUAAAAAAAGAAAUAAAGAAA